GGAGAACUAUCUGGGCACAGCUCGCCCACCUUAAAAACCUGUGUUGCGAUUCUUCUCCCAUACUCUGACUUCAUAUACCUGAAAAGCAAAUAAUUUGGUGUGUCUCAUUCACAGUCAUUGUAUGAUAGGUUUACAAAGGCUUGCUCAACUGUAUCUCACCACAUUCCGCACACAACGACGCCUCGGCCGCGAGUGUAACAAUGGCAGACUCCGACGGUGAAUAUAUGCAAUCAGAUGACGACGACAUCUCAGUUCGCGAUGGACGCACAGGCACGAGGAGGAACAGACCAGCUGAGCGCGCAGCGUGGGAGGCGAGCGUGCAGGAAAGAGAGAAGCCAAUGUUGGGCGCUGGGAUGACUGGUGGAAUUGGCGGCAACCUGAGGCUGCAAAGAGAGGAACGUAUGCGAGGGAGACUGCGGCAGGAUACGCAGCCCUUUCAACGGGGCAUCAUCCGCCAUGUUGUCCUUAUCCUCGACUUAUCCGAAGCCAUGCUGGAGAAAGACUACCGACCGGGCAAUCGCUUCGUCGUCACCUUGCGGUACGCGCAGGAGUACGUUCGCGAAUUCUUUGAGCAGAAUCCCAUAUCGCAGAUGUGUGUGCUGGCCAUGCACGACGGCAUAUGCGUGCGUGUGAGCGAGAUGAGUGGCAAUCCGAACGAUCAUGUCGCCGCCAUCCAGGGCUUGCGAAUCGGCCGCAACAUGCGCGAGCCGCUGGGCAGCCCAAGCCUGCAGAACGCGUUGGAGAUGGCGCGAGCGAGCCUGUACCACACACCUAAACACGGCACCAGAGAGGUGGUCAUCACGAUGGGCGCGCUGCUCACAGUUGACCCGGGCGACAUUCAUGAGACGAUUCGCAACUGCGUAAAGGACAGGCUAAGGGUGCAGAUCAUAGGCAUGUCAGGACGACUGAAGAUAUGCACGGAGAUAUGCCAGAGAACGAACGCGGGCGACGAGAACACGUACACGGUCGCGCUGGAUCAGAUGCACUUUCGCGAGCUGCUGCUGGCGACCACCACGCCGCCUGCGAUACGCAAGGAGGAAGAUUUGGAGGCGAACAAGGCGUCGCUGCUCAUGAUGGGCUUUCCAUCUCGCAUCGAGGAGGAGGUAGCAAGCCUAUGCGCGUGCCAUUCGCAGCUCUCAAGAGGCGGAUAUCGCUGUUCGAGGUGCAUGGCUAAGGUCUGCAGUCUGCCGCAGACGUGUCCGUCGUGCAGCCUGACGCUCAUCUUAUCCACGCAUCUGGCACGAUCGUAUCAUCAUCUUUUCCCUUUGCGAAAUUGGAUUGCCGUGUCGUGGAAGCGCGCACGCGAGGUUGGCAGCUUGCAAUGUCGCGGGUGCCUCAUCAAGCUCCCAGAGCCGCCUGAUCCUUCGGAGCAAACGGAGGCAGAGGAGAGUGCGCAGGACGAGGCCAUAGUGAGACGCAAGGCAAGGGAAGAGCGGGCGGCCAGCGAGAGCUCCAGGUACGAGUGUCAGGCCUGUGGCAGCCACUUCUGUGUCGACUGCGACUUGUUCUGUCACGAAGUCGUGCACAACUGCCCCGGGUGCCUUGGCGGAGCCUCAAAGUUCCAGACGCACAACCUCAAAGGAAAGGACAAGUCGAGGGAGAAUGGGGAUGUGGCAAUGACAAAUGGACAUUGAGCAGAUGCGAAAACUUUGACCGUGAGCAGACGAGAGAGAGAGAGAAAGGGAAAAACAAGGGGGGGGGGUAAAAUAGGAAUGAAAACAGAUGAGAAGCCGGUCAGCGUGACGACAACUUUUUGUGUAUCUGUAUAGAUAUAUACCCGGAUCAAGGACUUAGAAAAAGGCUUUGAAAACUUAUCAUCGACGAGCCUAAACAGUUUGGAGGUCGAUUAUCACAAAAUCGCCAUAAGGAGAGAGAAUCUUAGGGCCGAGUGCCACCAAUGUUCAUCAGA